AUGCAACGAACGAUUCAAUGGACGUCGUUACCGUGCGAUCUGUGGACACAGAAGGUACUGCCGUGUCUGACAUGGCGAGACACGUCGGUGGUGAGUUGCGUGUGUUCCGAGUGGCACAACGUGACGACAGGUGCCGAGCCAAUGUCUUCCGAAUGGCGCACGACGGUCCUCGGUCCUGCUGCGACCGCCAAUGAGAGUCUCGACCUCGUGCGUGCGAAUGCUUUACAAUGGGUCGACACUCGAUUUGUACCCACUUUGAUUCUACUUGUCGCAGCUAGUCGUGAUACCACACCAUGGCGUCGUGGCAAAUUCUGGCAAGAUGCUGUAGCCAUGAUGGAACAAGCGAAGUUGUUACCAUUCAAGUGCCACGUCGUUGGCAUCUUGACCACGAAUGCAGUGGUCCACGAUGUAGAGCAAUCGACUGUCAAGAACAUGGACACUGCCGUGACGUUGUCAAUUUCAGUCGCUCACUUGUCCGACACGACGCUGGAGAUGGCUACAUUUGACCGCAAGAUGCUGAGACGGGCGUCACGAACCCAGUCACUAGCGAACCCAUUUCACGCUAUUGCACCCGACUGUGGCAAUGACAAGCCCUCAUUUUUGCUCUUUGGAGGGAACGACCAAAGUGCGAGCGAGUUGAUUGCAGCAGUUGACGCUUGGUAUCCAGGAGCUCCAGUCGUCGGAGCUGUUUCUUCAUCACUUGUUGGUCAGUGCAUUCCUCUUGCCACGUACUCGGUCUCUCGUGCACAGGGAAUUGGAGCUGCUCGUGGUCGCCAGGACCACAAAAAGAGUCGAAGAGCUCAGCACAAAACUCUACGAUGUCAACCUCAUCGUCCACUGGAUCCAGUCGUUUUUCCUUCGUCAUUGCUGCUUCGACUCCAUGGUCAUGUAGGUAUCCGGUCAUUUUCAUCAAGUGGAUACUAUCCGAUCACACCUGUGCUCCGAUGUGUUCGCUCGAGCUUAGCGGAUGAGUUGAGUCGAGUCGUGACGCACGAUAUUGUCUCGCUACUUCCUUCGGAUGGUCUGAAAGAAAACACGCAGCUUCGCGUCGUUGAUGUCAUAGCGCCGUCUGAAAAACUGGCGAUCGAACGGGAAGGCAGACGUCUCAACAUUUUCUCGUGUCAAGACCGGGCCCCGCUCGAACACGUGCUUACUCGUUGCAAUGCUUCAGAAAGCAAAGUGACAGCAGGUUCAGUCUCGGCCCAAAUUGAUCGCUUGGAGGUUGUGUUCUGGUGGCAGGGCAGCUUGAUGUCGCUGUCGGAUAUUGGCUGGCAGGAAGGUGCGUAUGGACUUCUUGCUUCGCAUCAACCAAAACGAACAUCCCGGGCGCUAGCUGAGGCACUUGCACGAAUUCAGGCACGCUUAGCGUUGGCUAAUGAGCGUGCCUUUGGUGCAUUUAUAGUCGCUGGAGCUCUCAAUGAAAUCGAUGAUUUCGUCCAUGCAAAGAAUGUCGGCGACCUUUGUGCUGGCAUCUUGCCGAUGUGUCAGCUGAGUGGAUGUGUUGUUAGCACUAGCGCUGGUCCUGUGGCAUUUCCUGGUGGUGGUCAAUCGAGGAACAUUGCGCAGGUCCAGACUCAUACAACGUGCGGAGCAGUUUUCUACACAAAGAAACGAACGUCCGAUUGA